GCCUGGGCCGCGGGCUGUGCCCCUGCCCGGCUGGCCCCUGCCUGCCGCACGAUGUCCGUAACAGAUCAAGCCUUUGUGACCCUUGCUACUGAUGAUGUGUACUGUCAAGGCGCUCUGGUUCUCGGACAGUCAUUGAGGAACCAUACGACAUCUAGAAAAUUGGCAGUACUAAUUACACCAGAGGUUUCCAGUGGGAUGAGGUCUGUCCUCCACAGCGUAUUUGAUGAAGUCAUUGAGGUGGAUGCGCUUGACAGUGCUGACUCAGUCCGUUUGGCUCUGAUGCAGAGGCCAGAACUGGGUGUAACCUUCACUAAGCUUCACUGUUGGACUCUUACUCAUUAUAGCAAGUGUGUCUUCAUGGAUGCAGACACUUUGGUGCUUUGCAAUGUUGAUGAAUUGUUUGAUCGAGAAGAGUUUUCAGCAGCUCCUGAUUCUGGCUGGCCUGACUGCUUUAAUAGUGGUGUAUUUGUGUUUCGACCUUCUUUGAAAACUUACAACCUACUGCUCCGGUUUGCUGCUGAACAUGGCAGUUUUGAUGGGGGUGAUCAAGGCUUGUUGAAUAGCUUCUUCAGCAACUGGGCAACAGCAGAUAUUGGCAAACACUUACCUUUCCUCUAUAACUUAAGCAGCAGUGCUGUAUACACCUACGUUCCUGCUUUCAAUCAUUUUGGUAGAGAUGCCAAAGUUGUUCACUUCUUGGGAGCGACAAAGCCCUGGAACUACAAAUAUAACCUUCAAACAAAGAGAGUUAUGCAGGAUGGCACCACCUCUGGAUCUUUUCAUCAGCUGUCAUUUCUUGCCCUCUGGUGGAAUAUAUACAGUGCCAGUAUAUUGCCUUUGUUAGAAAAACUUCAAAAGAUGGAAGAAUCAGAAUCUGAGGAAUGCAAGCACACUUUCAAUGGAGUUGAAAUUACACUGAAGAAGGUCAGUCCUUAUGUGGCUAAUUCGCUGCAAAUGCCUGUGCUUCCAGACCAGACAUAUGAAAUACAUCCCACAGCAUGUUCACCCGAGGAACUCACUUUCAAAGCUAAUGAGAUUGCACAUUCUGUUUCAGAGCUGUCUAUUCACUUCAAACCAGAAGAACCAAGUCCAGAAGAUGAACGGAGAAAAUGGGAGGAAGGGCGCAUGGACUAUAUGGGGAAAGAUGCUUUUGAACAUAUCAAAAAGAAAUUGGAUGCAUUUUUACAUUAAGAUGGAGUGUACUGUAAUGGCCAUCACGAUCUAUGUUUCUUCUAUAAAUGCAAUCCUUGAAUACUUGGCUAUCUUCAUAGUUUAUUUGACACCAAAGUUAAAGAGGUAGAUAUGGAUCCUCAUAUAUUUUUGGGGAAGAUUAACAGAUACAGACUCCUGUUUUUUAACUGUUAAGUGUGCCUCAUAUUCAUUGUUCUCCCGUCGUGCCUUCUGAAGUAUAAUGAAUGGUACCCUCUGAGUUUGAACUCUCAUAUUUAUCACUCUUCCCUGCUCCUCCCCAUAGCAUUCUGCAGAAACAGUCGUGAGUGUGAAACAUAUUGGAAGUAGAGAUUAUUUCACAAGUUGAGAUUAUUUCAAAAGUACUUUUACCUUAUAGAAGAUGCUAUAAAACUGUUUAAAUGAAAACCUUGUUCUUGAAACCAAGUUAACACUUUCAAGGGCAACCAUAGUGUAGACUUCAAUAUGAGAAAAAGUGAGGAGAUUAAAUCCCGGCCUCAUAGGACUCUGCGACAAAACUUUUUCAUUUAAGUAUACUUAGGAUUAGAGGAAAUUCAGACUUUGUCUGAAAUCACUAGUGGAUGUUCUCCCUAUUUAUAGGAAGCUGCUCAGAUUCAUCACCAGUGUGAUGAAGAGUGGUGUAAAACUCUUAACAUAGACUGAUAAUGUAUGUUAACCUUUUAUAUUGUUGCUGUAGGAUACUGUUGGGUUUUUAAAUAUUGUUAGCUUUACUUGCAUAUUCAGAGUUGCGUAGUCAGAGGAAGAAAUGCUGACACUAUAGUAUAAACCUUCUGGUGCUUUUUAUCAAUUUGUUUACAGUACUUCAAACUGCAGUUGAGAAAGGCGUUCUUCUCCUUUAGCAUGGUGGCCCCAUAUUGCAGGCAGUUUGAGUGCAACUGAAAACACAAUUGGCACUUGUUUUAGUAAACAGGCCCUUUGAAGAUCUUUUAAACAAUAGCUGUGUGUGGGAACUAAUAAAUCUGUGAGUGUAGUUCCAGAAAAAUCUACUGAUGAGACUCCAUUAUAUUAAGGAUACUUACGGGGGAUUGCUUUGUGAAUUUGGGUAUUUAAAUUUGACUAAUCUCAGCAAGUUUGUCUUAAUAAACAAGGAAAAAGAAUCACUUUGAAAGAAAGAAGCUUGACAGACAUGCUAAUAUAACAGAUUUGACACAGUUAUUUGUAACGCCACUCAAUAUUAGAGUAAGAAUUCUGCAGUGCUGAUGCAGGACUUGAAACACGUUUCAGUCUUCAUAUGUCACCAAUUUUGGUACAGAUAUACCUAAUGAAAUAACUUGGGAAUUGUGUUUAAAAAGCAAUGAUGUAACAUUAUGCAUCAGAGGGAUUGCCAUAGAUGCUAGUGGAGAAAAAGGCAGAGUAGGAGGGAAGGAGUUUUUGUUUCUUUUUCCUCCAUCAAAAAGGAUGGGGGGAAUGGGGAAUAACUUGCACAAAUUAGGAAAGGAACAAAAGAGUCAAAAGGUCUCUUAAAGGACGAAAAAUUAUCUUUGAGUAUUUUAGAAUUACUUUCUAAUAUUCACAGUAGUGGAUUUGCGUUUAGUUUUGUGGGGUAUUACCCAUUUUAUCUAGUUCUUUAUUUCUCGUUUAUUCUAAGCACUCUUAAAGUGGGAAUCUCUUUGGUGGGUCUGCUGAAUUCAAGCUUCUAGUUCAAGUUAGAUGUUUAGGGUCUCUGAAGUUGAAGAGAGAGAUGUCCAGAAGAUGAUUCUUCUCAGUUUCUGCAUUGAUCAUAAAGGGAUCCUCGAUAGCCUGCCUCUCCUAGGUAGCCUUCACAUGUUAACACAAGUAGGUGCGUUCUGCCUCUUGCUGCGUGUGGCCCAGUGCAGCACCAUGUGGAGAUCACAGUGGCUGCAGUGCACUCUUACUCCUGUGGCAUUUGAUCUGCUGGUCAUCCCUGUUUCUUAGUGAACUUGUGCACUUCUGAGAAAGUUCUCUGUUUUAUAAGCAUUAGUGCUCAUAUAAUUCAGACAGUUUUUGAAGACUUUAUAAAACUGUAGCCAACAAUGUGAACUCAUGCUUCAUGCAGCUGUACUUUUUACAGUAACUACUAGAUCUUACUGGGCACGUUAAUUAGAUUAUGGGAGAAAAAUUACUGACGUGAAAUCAGUAACUGAAAGGUUUUAAAAUAGGCAUAUGAAUGUAGUAAAAGGAGCUGUCAUGGAAUACAUUUGAAAGUGCUAAUAUGUAAAAUGGUACUGUGUGUGGAUUAUACAAUGUUUUGCAAAGAAUUGUAGUACAUUAAUGUCAUGGAAAUAAAAUAGAAAUGGAAAGGACAUAUGAAGUCAUGUGCUUAUCAGAUGA